UGUAGGCUGUAGCUGCAGAUCAAACCUCUUUCGCAAGCCACGAAGCCACUCUUGAAAACAUAAGAACUCGAACGCCUCUUUGUCUCCGGUGAUAUCUUCUCUUCCACUUCUGAAGCAAAAGCCGAAUCUUUUUUUGAUCGUUCGGGAUUUUUUUUUUCGUUUUUCGUUUAUCGUUCUCGCUUCUCGUUCGUUUUUUGUCUCUGUAUCUUUCCUCGAACAGAAAGAUAGAGAGAUUUGAGGAGAGGCUUUUUGGGUGUAAUGGGCAACUGGAGAAAUCGCUCCUCCCGUAGAAUUUUCCGUCAUCAUCGAUCUCCAUGGUCGCCCCUUAGAGAAUACGACCAUUACAUUCCUCCUGAUUUAGUGCCACUGGAAGUUAUUUGCUUUACACACGCGUGAGCUCGCGCGCACACACAUCCUCCCAAAUGGAAAGAUGGUGUGCCACUAUGGGAAAAGAAAUUCUGCACUUUGAUUGGAUCGAUACCAUGGGGGAAGAUAGUAGACACCAAGAAUUUUAUGUACUGCCAUAAUAAUGUAGUCAGUUGGGAUGAUUCUGCUGGUGAAGAAGCAUUUCAAAAUGCAAAGAAACAUUUUUGGUCUAAGAUCAAUGGCCUCCGCUGUGAUAUCUCUCUGCCCGAUCCAGAUAUUUACAUUGAUGAGAUAGAUUGGAAACCUAAAAUUGAUCCUGAACUGAUCAAGGAAUUGGAUCAAUAUUGCUUUGUUCCCGAUGAGGAAGAACUGAAUACACAGGUGAGGCAAAAAAAUAGAAACUCAAAAACAGCAGUGCCUGUUCCUUCAGAAGGCCAUAAUAUGAACCAAGAAUAUGACAAUCCUUGGGAAUCUGACGAUAUGCAGGACAGUGGAGUUUUGGAAAAUAGAGCACAGGGAUGGAACCAAUGGGAGAACAAAAAAAAUGAUCGGAAAACUUUGAAUAAUGAUGAUAAUCCUUGGGAGCACAGCUCUACUCAGGGCAAUGCAGGUAUGAUGGACAAUUCAUGGGGAAACUGUGGGGAUAAGUCAUGGGGUUAUAAUCAGGUAGGAAACCAUGUCAGCCUCUCAAGGGAUCGGAAUAAUACUGACAAUACUUGGGAGCAUGGCUGUCAGGGUGUUGUCUCCAUGAAUGAUAAGAGGCGGGGUCAUUUUGGGAAGAAAGCUUGGGGCUGUAACCAACAGGAGACAGAGAAUUUGGAUAAUGCUAACAAUCCUUGGGAAAGCAGAUAUAAUCGGAGCAGUGAAUUAAAAGAUCGAGGAUGGAAAGAUAAUGUGGUAAAUGCCUGGGGUUGGAAACAGUGGGACAAUAGUAAUAAUGAGAUUAAACACCAGGAAUUAGGAAGAACUGGUGGAGGUUGGGGAACGUGGAAUGAGGGUUGCAGGAAGAGAGAAGGUUCUCAUCUGUAUGUGCAGGGUACCAAAAGCUCUAGAUUUGGAGGCGAUGGUAAUCAAAGAAGGCAUUGCUGGAGGGGGCAAACAAAGAAAAGAGUCAGUUUUGGCCGUGAGUACUCAGAGAUCAAGAAUGGGCUUCCGUCUUUUUAUUAGUAGAAUUCUCAACUACUGAUUUAUUGUUAUAAAUAUCAGAAAUCUGUCCAUUGAGUUGGGAGAAGCAGAUUCUUUCAAUAGCAGGUUUUUUGUGUUGUUUCAUACCCUUAUUAAGCAAGGAUUAGUUAUGUGCUUAUUGAAUGCAAUUCAUUUGACAGUAGAAGGGAUAAAAUAUGAAACAAUCCGAGUUGUACAAGAGCUGUGGGAUUUAAUUUGCAGUUUCCUUUAGAGGAGAAGUACAUACAGAUAUUUUGGGCCCUUUUUCUGUCUCCGACAUAAGUAAGAUCUAUAUAUGAAUAUUUUAGAUUA